GACCUCGCUAUGGCGGCGACAGGCGUCCCCAGCCGCCUCCUGCUGUUACGGGGGAGACGGCGGGGAGGCUUCCUCCUCUUGCCGAGCGUAAGAAACACCUCUAACAACUGCAGCCGGAGCAGUUGCCCCAGCAACGGCAGCAGGAAUGAAGCAACUAUUAUCUCAGGGAGAAGACUGGCUGCACAAGUCUGUGAGGAAAUACAAAGAGAUAUCAAAUCAUGGCUUACCCUUGGCCACAAGAGACCUCAUCUCACUGUUGUUUUAGUAGGAGAAAACCCAGCUAGUCACACUUAUGUAAGAAAUAAAGUAAAAGCAGCAGCAGCAGUAGGCAUUUGUAGUGAAAUAAUACUGAGACCCAAGGAAAUUUCUCAAGAAGAACUUUUAGAUCUCACUGGCAAAUUAAACAAGGAUUCAAGAGUCAGUGGCAUAUUAGUCCAGUUACCUUUGCCAGAUCACAUUGACGAAAGGACUGUGUGCAACAGUGUUGCUCCUGAAAAGGAUGUGGAUGGAUUCCAUAUUUUCAAUAUUGGGCGAUUGUGUCUUGACCAGCCCUCCGUUAUACCUGCCACUGCAGCUGCAGUUUGGGAAAUAAUAAAAAGAACCGGAAUACAAACAUUUGGAAGAAAUGUAGUUGUGGUUGGAAGAUCAAAAAAUGUUGGAAUGCCCAUUUCAAUGCUUUUGCACACUGAUGGGGAACAUGAAAGGCCUGGAGGUGACGCUACUGUAACAAUAACCCAUAGAUAUACACCAAAAGAUCAGCUGAUGAUCCAUACACAGCUUGCGGACAUUGUGAUAGUUGCUGCAGGUAUUCCAAAAUUAAUUACUUCUGAUAUGAUUAAAAGAGGAGCCGCAGUGAUUGAUAUUGGUAUCAACCAUAUUCAUGAUCCUGUCACUGGAAAGACAAAAUUAGUAGGAGAUGUAGACUUUGAAGAAGUAAAGAAGAAAGCUAGUUUUAUCACCCCUGUCCCAGGAGGUGUGGGACCAAUGACAGUUGCCAUGCUCCUGAAGAAUACCUUAAUUGCUGCAAAGAAAUUGAUUUACUAAAAUGUAUAAAUUGAAGUAAUU